AGGGUGAGCAAAAGGGCUAAGAGAUCAAAUUGUGACUGACCUAUUUACCUUAUAAAUAAUUUUUGCCAUAUUGCCUUUUAGGGGAAAAAUGUUUAUGAAAGUGCAAUUCCUUCUGCUUUCAGCAUUUAAAAAGGAAUGAAAGAGGAUAUGAUCAAUGAAGAGAUUUAACAGCAAAUUCUUACAGAAGAUCAUCGUUUCCUCCCUGAACGUGGCAAGCUGUCUUCAGAUCAUGUACAAUGGGGCUACAAAUUCAUUUUGUGUUUGAUCCACAAGGGUGGUGCUGCAUGGGCAUGAUUAUCUUUGUCUGGCUGUACAACACACUCUUCAUUCCCCAAAUUAUCCUCUUUCCUCACUAUGAAGAAGGACAUACUUCAGCUGCUCCAAUAUUGUGCUAUUAUUUAGUCUCAUUGUUUUGUAUAGUUUCGUUAUUGAGAGCCUCCAUUGCUGAUCCAGGAAAACUACCUGAAAGGCCAAAGAUACCCCUUACAGAACAAGAAUUUUGGGAGCUCUGUAAUAAAUGUAAUAUGAUGAGACCAAAGCGAUCCCAUCACUGUAGUCGCUGUGGACACUGCGUUAGGAGAAUGGAUCACCAUUGUCCAUGGAUUAACAAUUGUGUUGGUGAAGACAAUCAUUGGUUGUUUCUGCAGCUAUGCUUCUACACUCAACUUCUUAGUUCCUAUACGUUGAUACUUGAUUUUUGCCACUACUACUAUUUUCUCCCUCUGAAAAAAGUUAACUGGGAUCUCUUUGUAUUUAGACAUGAACUUGCCCUGCUAAGAAUAUCGACCUUCAUGGGCAUAAUAAUGUUAGGUGGAAUAAGUGGGCUCUUUUACACUCAGCUAAUGGGUAUUUUCACUGAUAUGACAACUAUAGAAAAAAUGUCAAACUGUUGUGAAGAAAUAUCGAGGCCCCGAAAGCCAUGGCAGCAGACCUUCUCAGAAGUUUUUGGCACUCGCUGGAAGAUCCUGUGGUUUAUCCCUUUCAGGCAAAGGCAACCACUGCGAAUUCCCUACCACUUUGCCAAUCACGUCUAAACAGAUGGAUGUUGGGCACAGAUGGGUCCUCCAUGCUGGAAAUGUGUUACAGGUUUUAUGAUAAUAGAACUAUGACAGUCAUCAAGUCAAUUAAAAUCCACCCACCAAUCGUAGACAUCAUAAUGUGCCCCGGGCUUUAUUUUAAUAGUUAUCUUGAUUCUGUUCUGGGAUUAGUACAAGUUCUAGGUUUAGGUUUAAGCCAUAUUUACUUUCAAGUUAAUUUUCCAAAGGGAUUUCUUGAGUGUUUGAGAAGUAACAAAAAACAUAGAUAAUUGGAAUACAAUGUUAAUCCAUUUUUGUUUUGAUACUAGAUAUGUUGAUCUUUUUAAAGGAAACACUGAAGUUUACAUAGAUUAAUAGAUUUCAAACAAUGUCUCAUUCUGCAUUUAAUUUUUUUAGUGUUUUUAUGAGUAGAUUUAUUUAGAUUAUAUACAGGUCUUUUUCUUCUUAUUGUGUUUAAAAAUUCCCUAAUGCCUUCUUUUAUUUAUGAUUUAUUAUGAUAAUCAUGCAGUACAGCACUAGAAAAAGGUGAUAUUUUAACAGAAGCAGAUUUUUUCCUACACUUUUUCCAGAAGUGUUUUUUUAUAUAAAGGGAGAUCUUGCAACUCUGCCUCGGGCUUCCUGAAGUCAGCCGCUGGUCAGUUUCAGCAGUGGCUGAAUCUGGAUGCCAGUUCCGACUUAAGAACAAACCUACAGUCCCUAUCUUGUACGUAACCCGGGGACUGCCAGUUUUGUAAAAAUGUAAUCUUGUUAAAAGAGAUAUCAUUGUUCUUGUAUAAAUAAAAGCUAUGAGAGCAAACACCAUAGGGCAAACUAUGCAGCUAUAAAGCAUGUUUUUCCCUUUUCUCUAAAAGGAUUUCCUUGUAACUUGCAAUAAUUCCACGUAUAAUCAAUAUGGCACAAAUAUUAGAGUGGAUAGAUUUAAAAAUGCAGGUUUAAUAAGUUAACAUGAAGUAUACAAAGUAGGGCAUUGUCACUAAAGUUAUGCUUUACAUUUUGUUUUGGUUAGUCACUACUAGAACUAGAAUUUGGAUUACUUUUCAGGUGUUUAUGUAUAAUGGGCAAUGUGUAUGAAAAUAUUUUAAGUACUUUAUAUGUAAAUAUUGAUGGUAUAGAUAAGCACUAAUUUCUGUGUACAACAGGGUCAUUGAGAACUGCACUACCUUCCUGUUCUGUGUAUAUUGUAGGCAGAGAACCUUUUUGCUCUUGUGGUAUUUGAGGGUCACCUCUACUUAGAAGUAGUUAACAAGAAAUGGUUAGAAGAUUAGAGCUGGUCAAAUAGUAAACUGAUUCAUAAAUAGAAGUAUUGCCUUUCUUUUGCUGUGAUUUGGAGCAUUGUGUUGUCAUUCAUGUAUGUCUCAGCAGUUGUCAGGUAUUUGUGACUCUUGAAAGUUGAAUGAAUUCCCACAAAGGGAAACUUCGUAGUUUGUGUUAUCUCACUAUUCUGCAUAAAAAGUAUAAUCAUGUCUAAGAGCAGAAACAAUAGUAUGCAUUUUAGGUGACUACAAUACCACAUGAAUAACAAAUAGAGAAUGAUCAAAGCAAAUGAGACAUAAACUGAAAAUUAUUUAUUCAAGCUAUUUGGGAUUUCUAGUAUUCUUAGAGAAACUUCCUUUCACUGUCUCUUUCACUGUUAAUUUCUCUAUAGAACAGUCUUAUGGCUGAUAUUUAAACCAAAGUUCAAAAUGUCCUAGAGAUAAUUAAAAUGUUGAUGUGGCCUUUGAAAUUUACAAAUGGCCGCUGCAUAAAGUAACUGCUGCCUCUCCUUUAAGAAAAGGCUUAUAGUCUGCUAUAUCCUCUGAUAUAGCUCUGUCUGGGAAAUUUUUGUUUUCAUUGUACUGUAUAUACAUCAAACAUGUUUUUCAAAGCACAUGUGUAUGUAGAUAUAGCUUUGGGUGUAUUUGUUACUUACUUGUCCUGCUACUGAUUAAUCAUAGUUUUCAGGUUGUAUCAUUUAAAUCAGUGUUUCUCAACUACCAGUCUGUGAAAUGAUCCCAGUCCCUGAGAUCAGCAUGAUGCAUUUUAGGAAGGCAGCAAGUUGGUCCUUGGUAUCAAAAGCUUGAGAAACACUGAUUUAAAGCACCAAAACAUUAAAGAAAGAUAAAUGAAUGUAAUGUCCUUGAUUCACUCAUUGUGGGAUGUAUAUUUAUUCCUUCUGUGUUUCCUACAUCUUCCUUUCGGCUACUUAACUUUGGGAAAAGCACAUUUGCAGUGCAUAAAUUCUUGCAGUAUCGGACCACAAAUUAUAAACAGUGGUAAACUGUACCUAUAUCUGAAAUUAGGGCGCAUGAAAUCUUUACGGAGAUAAAAAGUAGCAAUUAGUCUAAAUCUAAUAUUCUGUAAAUACAUUCCAGUAUCUUAAAAUAAAAGGAAAUAACACUGUAAUAAAUAAAGUAAUAAAUAAAUAAUAACACUUAGUAGCACUUUAAAGACUAAGAAAACAUGUAGAUGGUAUCAUGAGCUUUCGUGGGCACAGCCCACUUCUUCAGAUGACCGGAGAAGAAAAUACAUACAUGCAGAAUAAAAGGAGUCCAGUUUGGUUGAUAAGUAGGUCUGUUUACCUAGUAUAUACUGAUUUAGGACUCUGGCCUCUUGGCCAGUGAUGAAGCUGACUUUACGAAUACUCAAGUGUUAUUAGAGAGAGCUUUUCAUCUCUUGUUCCCAAAGUGCCCUCUUUUGGCCAAGUUAUGCAAUGACAUUAGCUCUUACACCAGAGAAGAGAUGAUGUCCUGUUAUGAUUUUAUUGCUUGGUGAGAUUUGGAGCAGUAAGUGUUGUGGAGAAUGGAGAAAAAAAAUACAUCCAGAGAAUGUGAUUUACAGGAAUCUAUAUUCUUGUGAUUCUAUCAUAUGUCCUAAAUAUAAAAGCACUUUUACUGUCUCCGUUAAAAAUGAAACAUGUCAGACCUAUUUCAAUCCUCAGAAUAGGUCUGUGAUUUAUAUCACUAUGCUCUUUUUAUCAAGUAAAGCAAAAUUCUGACUUUACUUUUGUUUGUUAAAGUUUAAAAAUAAAUCAUCAGCAUUAAUGUAGCUGAAAUAUCAUACUCAUUCUCCUAUUACAUGAUACAAUUUGUCUGUUUGACUGUUGUGUGAGAGCGAUAAUGCCAAAGUGUGUGGAUUCUCAAACUUUUUCAUAGUGAUGGACUUUCUUUUAGACCGCUCCCCUUUCAGCCUCUGAAUCCCAUUUCCACAUUUUGCCCAUAGCAACUGUAAUAUUAAACUAUACAGAAUGAUAAUACUAAGACAAUAAUGAGUGAUCUGCUUCAAUUUCUACCCCAUUUUGCAUUUCUUUUUUUUCUUUCAAAUUUUGAGGGCCUAAUUUGAGAUCUUUUUAUGGGGCUUGAUUUUCAAAAAGUGUUGUGUAUCCAUCUUUGGAAAAUCAGGCCUCAUUAAUGUGUCUGAAGUUAGGCAUAGGGAACUUAAUUCAUAUUAAAGUAGGGUUUUAUUAAUAUUACAUGGAGUAAUUUGAUUCGCUCCCUGUGUGAAUUCUUUAAUGUGUCCACACAGGAGGUUACUCAGGAAUAGCUAUUCCAGAAUAAUUCCUCAUAUAAACAAGUCUUAAAGUUCAUAAACCUCUUGUGAAUAUGAACAAUACUAAAGAAUUGCCUAUUAAUAAGUACAAUAUGAGCUGUUGUACAGAUGGCUAUUAUUAUCUCAUAGCUAAUAUAUUUACUGUAGUACACAAAUGGAAAAUCCUCUGAGAAUGUUCUGGAAACAUUUUGUUUUCUUUUCAGCAAGGGGAUGUUGUGAUGUACUAGACAUAUUGAGUCAGAAUAGUUGGUCAGAGUCUGGACAGUUAAGCAUUUCAAACAUUAAUAUCUUUUGCUGUGAACUAGUGAUUUCUGAUUACACAUAAAACUACUAGUAUGGGCAUUUUGAAACUAAAUGGAAGAAAGAUUUCUAGUUAAAAUUUGGUAUCUAUGAUACUGGACAGUUAAAUGAGUAAGUUUUACUAAGAACAAUUCUGGCUAGCAGAGAGAUUCUCUUUUCAAUUUGGGGUAUCACUUAUAAUUAGGUUUGAAUUUCACUAAAAAAAAAGGUAGCUAAUAUAUAUGAAUAAGAAUAUUCAAAUAAUAUUUUUCUUCAGUAAUGAACAAAUAGAUGUUGACGUUUGUAUUGUAGCAAACCUCUAUUUAUCAAUGUAUGUAGCCUUGAUCAUGAAGAUGGUAUCUGCCCAUCAUUGCUAGAGAGAAUUUUGUGUAAUAAGUCAGCGAAACACUCGUUGCUUUUAAAUUAGUGAUCCCAUUUAAGCAUUAGUUCACAACAAAAUAUUAUGGUUUUUUAUAAACUGCAUGUAUAUCUGCUAGCUUCAAUACAUUACUCCUAGCUGACUUUUUUGUCAUGUAGAUGAUGCAUCAAAUCAUUUAACAUAGCUAUGUUUUGUAUACCAUUCCUUUUUCCCCAAAACUUGAUUUUACUGCUAACCACAAAUAAUGAGACUGUAGCUUUGUUGAACUAAUCAACUGUAUUACAAGACUAAGAUAACAGUACUUAUAAUUAGUCCUAUAUCCAGUAUUUUAAGUGGAUGUUACAUCCCUCUAUUGAAAAAAACUAAAUGUUUUAUUCCAAAUCUGGUGGAGUCUUGAUCUGAGUCACUUCUGCACAUAUGAGGCUUAAGGGCUAUGUCUCGUACCCCACUGUGGAUAAAUAAUAUUACUUAAUCUUCAGUAAAAUAGCUACAAUUUUAACUACAGGCAGUCCCCGAGUUACGCGGAUCCGACUUAUGUCGGAUCCGCAGUUACGAACGGGGUUUUUCUCGCCCCCGAGGAUGGGAGCGG